AUGGAGUCAAAUUCUUCUUUGCAUAUUGUCAUGUACCCUUGGUUUGCUCUUGGCCACAUUACACCAUUCCUCCACAUGUCCAACAAACUAGCAAGAAAAGGCCACAGAAUCUCUUUCUUCGUCCCUACCAAAACACAAUCCAAAAUACAACAUUUCAACGGAUUCCCACAUCUCAUCACCUUCGUCCCCAUCACCGUCCCCCAUGUCGAUGGCCUCCCUCUCGGCGCAGAGACCACUUCCGACGUGCCUUCCCCUUUAAUCCCACUAAUCAUGACCGCCAUGGACCGGACAGAGCCCCACAUUGAACUUCUUCUACGAGACCUCAAACCUCACAUUGUCUUCUUUGACUUCACCCACUGGAUACCAAAGUUGGCGCGCAAAUUAGAAAUCAAAACCGUUUAUUUCUCUGUCGUCAGUCCAGUAAUGAUGAGUUACUUUCGCGGUAGAGAACUUGAGGGACAAGAAACUGCCACAAUACCAUUCGAGAAAAUGUUUCUUCAGCCACCAAAUGGCUUCCCCGAUUCAUCAAUCAAGCUUCAUCCGCACGAAAUGCCAUACUUUGUAAGCGUAAACUCUCAACCAUUUGGCAAUGAUAUGAAGCUUCGUGACCGACUUCACAUAAGCACAAUAGAAUGCGACACUUUUGUGUCCAAAGGGUUUAGAGAAAUGGAAGGGCCGUUUGCUGAGUUCCUAGAAAGAAAUUUUGGGAAGCCAGUACUCCUUGCAGGCCCGGUUAUACCGGAGCCUCCCAUGAGUAGUUUUAGCUUAGAAGAGAAAUGGGAUAAAUUCCUAGGCCAGUUUAAGGCUGGCUCGGUUAUCUUCUGUGCCUUUGGAAGUGAUAACAUCUUGAAGAAAGAACAAUUCCAAGAGUUGCUUUUGGGUUUUGAGCUUUCCGGGUUGCCCUUUUUUGCAGUGCUGAAACCGCCUUUUGGGACCGAGACUGUUGAAGAAGCAUUGCCAGAUGGGUUUGCAGGCAGAGUUGUAGGAAGAGGUGUGGUUCAUAGUGGGUGGAUUCAGCAACAGCUGAUAUUGGAGCACCCAUCUGUUGGGUGUUAUGUCACACAUUGUGGUAGCGGUUCUUUACGCGAGAAAGUGUGUAAAGCAAUCAAGACAGUGAUGGAAGAAAAUUAUAGUGAAUCUUCAUAUGUUGAUGAUCUCAGUCAGAAGCUUCAAGUUUUAGUCAAUUGA